GGCUGUCUGGCUGGGAAGAUGGCGACUGCUGUGACUCUCCAGUCCUCCGCUCCUGCUUCGGCCACGGCGACGGCCACAGCAGCCGCGCUGGGGGAAGUGGAAGAUGAAGGACUCCUGGCGUCGCUCUUCCGCGACCGCUUCCCCGAGGCCCAGUGGCGUGAGCGGCCGGACGUGGGCCGCUACCUCCGGGAGCUGAGCGGCUCGGGGCUGGACCGGCUGCGACGCGAGCCCGAGCGCUUGGCGGAGGAGCGGGCCCAGCUGCUGCAGCAGACGCGCGACCUGGCCUUCGCCAAUUACAAGACGUUCAUUCGCGGUGCCGAGUGCACCGAGCGCAUCCACCGUCUCUUUGGCGACGUGGAGACGUCCCUCGGUCACCUGCUCGACCGUCUGCCCAGCUUUCAGCAGAGCUGCAGGAACUUUGUGAAGGAGGCCGAGGAGAUCAGCUCUAACCGCCGGAUGAACACCCUGACUCUAAACCGGCACACAGAAAUCCUGGAGAUUUUAGAGAUUCCCCAGCUUAUGGACACCUGUGUCCGAAACAGCUAUUACGAAGAGGCCCUGGAGCUUGCCGCCUAUGUUCGCCGACUGGAAAGGAAAUACUCCUCUAUCCCUGUCAUCCAGAGCAUCGUGAAUGAAGUGCGCCAGUCCAUGCAGCUGAUGCUGAGCCAGCUGAUCCAGCAACUGAGGACCAACAUCCAGCUCCCAGCCUGCCUGCGUGUCAUUGGCUAUCUCCGGCGCAUGGAUGUCUUCACUGAGGCUGAGCUGAGGGUGAAGUUUCUUCAGGCCCGGGAUGCUUGGCUUCGCUCCAUCCUGACUGCCAUUCCUAAUGAUGAUCCUUAUUUCCAUAUCACAAAAACCAUUGAGGCCUGCCGGGUCCACCUCUUUGAUAUCAUCACUCAGUACCGUGCCAUCUUCUCGGAUGAGGACCCCUUACUGCCAUCUGCCAUGGGAGAGUACACUGUGAAUGAGGGUGCCAUCUUCCAUGGCUGGGUGCUGCAGAAAAUCUCACAGUUCCUGCAAGUGCUAGAGACCGAUCUUUACCGGGGUAUAGGAGGGCGCUUGGAUUCUCUGCUGGGCCAAUGCAUGUACUUUGGGCUGUCCUUUAGCCGGGUGGGGGCUGAUUUCCGGGGCCAGUUGGCUCCUGUUUUCCAGAGAGUGGCACUCAACUCUUUCCAGAAAGCAGUUGAGGAAGCAGUAGAAAAAUUCCAGGAUGAAAUGACUUCGUACACCCUCAUCUCAGCUGCAGCCAUCCUGGGCAGCAGUAACAUGCCUGCUGCAGUGCCGACCACACAACCCGGGACGUUGCAGCCACCGAUGGUACUCCUAGACUUCCCGCCGCUUGCCUGCUUCCUCAACAACAUUUUGGUUGCUUUCAACGAUCUGCGUCUCUGCUGUCCUGUGGCCCUAGCACAGGAUGUGACUCGGGCCUUGGAGGAUGCCCUUGCCAAGGUAACCAAAACAAUCCUGGCAUUCCAUCGUGCUGAAGAGGCUGCAUUCAGCAGUGGGGAACUUGAAAUCUUCGUCCAGUUCUGCACUGCCUUCCUGGAAGACCUUGUUCCGUAUCUGAACCGCUGUCUUCAAGUCCUGUUCCCGCCAGCUCAGAUAGCCCAGACUCUAGGCAUUUCACCCACCCAGCUCUCCAAGCACGGAAACCUUGGGCAUGUGAACAUCAGCGCUAUCCAGGAGCCUCUCGCGUUUAUCCUGCCUAAGAGAGAGACAGUCUUCUGUCUAGAUGGCCAGGAGCUAGUGCCCGACCUCGUGGCCCCAGCUCAAGAGCUUUCUGCGGAGCAGCCUGGCCUGGAACCAGAUACUUCAGCGGCCCCCGAGGGCGGGUCAGAGAAGGGAGAACCAGAGGAACCUCUGCCUGGGGAGCCAGUGGAGGGGGAGCCGCUGCCCGCGCAGCCGCCCAGUGAGGAGCCAUAGGCAGUGUUCCCUGCAUCCAGGCUGGGGGGCAGGACUAAAGGCACAGCGCUGCCGGCGGCAUCUGGGCAGGGAAGGUCGCCGCUCGUGUGGAGGCUGAGACUGCUUUGCCUAGGAUAUCGCGGGGCACGGUGGUAUGUGGCAGCUUUAAUAAAG